UAUGUUUACCUAACUAUAUUUUUUUCAUAAUUCUUUGUAUACUAGUUAUUUAUUAUACUGUUUAGUGUUUAUAAUAAAACAAUGCUACAAAGUAUAGAUGACUUAAAAAGCAAUAAGCCAGAUAUUUGUUUUCAAGUAACAAAACUUUUAAUUAAAAUAGUUGAUACAAUUAUUAAGAAUCCAUAUCAGCCAAAAUUUAGAAGAGUUUAUUUAGAUAGUGAUGUAGUUCAAAAUGGACUUUUACCGUUUGCUGGUGCUAUGGAAUUUCUUUUAGAAAUUGGAUUUAUUGAUGAUGAUAAUUCUUUAGUAUUACCUGCGUGUAUUGAUCAAAUUACACUAAAUAGUUAUAAACAAGAGCUAUUAAAAAUAAUGCCAGUUGAUAAAAAUUCUAUUCUAGCUAUAGAUAAUAGUUUCCUGAAAGACAUUAAUUCUACAUCAUUGGCGGUUUUAACAUGUGAAGACAAAUUGUUGCAAAAAAUGGCCUUGGAAUAUUUAACACCUGAACAAGUUUUGAAAUACUCAGUAAUAAAUACGUCUCCAACUGAACUAUAUUAUCAUGAAAAAAUGAUGUUAGAACUCAUGAAAUGGUUUAAAGAAUCAUUUUUUAAAUGGUUCGACACUCCACAAUGCUUAAGCUGUAAUAUCUCCAUGAAAUUUAAAGGCAUUAACCAUAAUGUUCCGGAAUCAAAUGUACGUUAUGCUGAAAUGUAUGAAUGUGAAAACUGUUAUACAAUUUCAGAUUUUAAAAGAUAUAGUCUUUGUGAACAACUCCUUAUUACUCGUAUAGGCAGAUGUGGUGAAUGGGCUAAUAGCUUUACACUUUUUUGUCGAGCUCUUGGAUGGGAAGCUAGAUAUGUGGUUGACCAAACAGAUCAUGUUUGGACAGAAGUAUGGACAGAAGAACAAAAACGAUGGAUUCAUUGUGACCCUUGUGAAACUGCCAUUGACAAACCAUUAUUAUAUGAGAAAGGUUGGGGGAAAAAAUUGUCUUAUGUUUUAGCUUAUUCAAAUGAAGAAGUUCAAGAUGUAACAUGGAGAUAUACUGCUAAAAAGAAUGAUGUUAUGCUUCGAAGAACACUAUGCAAAGAAAAUGAUUUGUUGGAAACUAUUUUAUUACUGUCAAAGCAAAGACAAAUUGACUGUACCAUAUCGAGGCGUAAGUAUCUUGCUGAAAGACGUUUAAAAGAAUGUGUUGAGCUUUUGUUUCAGCCUAAUAAUACUGUAGCAGAUAAUUAUGAUGGUAGAAUAUCUGGAUCCCUCGAUUGGAAAUUAACUCGAAGGGAAACAAAAAUCCAUCAAUAUGUUUGGACUCCAACUAAAGCUGAAAUUGAUAAAAAACAAUUUGAAUUAAAAUAUUCAACUGCUGUGGAUAAAUAUAUACACGAUGGAAUAACCCUUGAAGGUUGGCAAAAUGGAGUUUACAAUUAUUGUUCAAUUUUUCGCAAAGAAGAAUUAGACUGGAAAAUGGUAUAUUUAUGUAGAAAAGAAAAUAGUAUGUCUGCUAAAAUUGAAUGGAAAUUUGACUUUACUACAACUGGUUUGUUAAUACGUGAUAUUACGUUAAUUUAUUCAACAAGUUUGUUUAAUAAUGGAAAAGUAGAAUGGAAAUUAAAUGGAAAAAAUUGUAGUGAAGAUUUGCCUGUUAUUGAAAGUCUUGAUGGAGUUGUUAUUAACAAGUUCAUUGGCAGCUCAUCAAUAAUAUUAAGUGCUUCUUUAUUUGGGGGUUCGGGCGAACUAGCUUGGCAACACACACAACUAUUUAGGCAGUCAUCUAGUUCUCAAGAAUAUGCAUUCCAAAUAAUAUUUUCUCUUGAAUAAGCUAUACAAUUUAAAUUUAUUUUUAUAUUUAUGAUCUAAAAUAUUAUAAUUUACUUAUAUAUUGCUUAUAUUUUUAUUUGUUUUGUUUACUAAAUUGAUGUAAUUAUUGCCAUGUUACUUAUAAUAAAUAAAUUUAUAAUGUAUUGUACUAUUAAUAUAAUAUGUUUGUAAAUGUAUUUUAUAAUUAAAUAUAAUAUAUUCUACAUUACUUUUGUUAAUCAUGA